GACCGAGAGUUCCAAUUUCGCUCAUUCGCAGGCCUCCACUUCACUCGAAGCGCGCGCGAUCUGAUAAAAAUGCAGCACGAAUUGGCUUCGCGGGCUCCAAUCUUCGUGCAAAACGAGAACUUGCCGAUCUUUCGAGGCAUUGAUGGCAAGAAGGCCGGGGUCGCGCGCGGGCCUGGGGCCAGGGCGGGGCGGCGAGAACGGAGGGCCCUGGGAGAUCUGAGUAAAGCCGGGAAAGCUCCGCCGGCCGGUGCCGGAGGGAAGGGUGCAGCGGCAGGAGCAGCGGAGAGUGUGCAUGGUUCAAAGGGCGUGGCAAAACCCAGCCGUCUCAGUGAUGAGGAUUGGAUGAAGUGCUGCGAGUGGGCUAAGGAUGGAAUUGAAACUGCAAGCUUCACUGGAAAUGAUGUGCAGAGACUGAUGGCAGAUCAGCAAAAAGAGCGCAUACGGAAGAAGGUGGAUAAGGCAAUGGGCAAUUUUCAGGUCUCCAUGGAAAGUAUUUAUGACAUUGAUGUACCAUCGAAGAUAUCCAUGGCCGACCUAGAUGAUGAAACAAAACUUGAGCUGGAUCCUGAAUUUCUUCCUUCGACGACACACUUAAGCUCAAGACUUGGUGAACAUCAUGACAACUAUCUCCUUUCUGACCUGGACUUUGAGCACGAACUAUUUACUGAUCGCCAUUUUGAUCUGAAGCUCAAAGAUGACUACGAAAAUGAUUGUUCUUCUAUGUCGACAAUAUUACUUCUUUGAGGUUUCUUUGUUCAGACUUCAGUGUAGUGGUUGUCUUGCCCAACUGUUUUGGUACCUGUAGCUCCAGAGUUUCUGUUAUCGGCUUGUCCUAUCUUAUCUUCUCCAACUCUUACAGGCAACCACAAUGUAAUUGUUUGAGCACUUUAUCUCAUGCUAUUAGGCUCUUCUGGCUGUAACAUAAUGGUAAAUUAACAAUUAUUGUCACUCGUUAUCUGCCAA